GCCUUCAAGGGCUCCAGCUGUUCGAAGCGAAUCCACUCGCAGCUCCCGACCUUUCCCAACUUUCCUACUGAUCACUAUCUCAUCACUCUGCACCCGUCGACCGGCGUGAACAUCGGCAGCCUCUUCAUCCAUCACUGCAUCAUCGUGUGCUACCUUGCCUUACUGCUCUGCCACUGCUACUGCUAUUGCCGUCCUGCUUGUGCUUCAGCUUGUUCAUCAUUUCCCUCCCGUCAACUCAUCAAUUCAAUUCAUUCAAUCAAUCAAUUACUCAAUCACUCAAUCACUCACCCAAUCAAUCAAUCCCUUCAAUCAAUUCGCGGGACGUGAUUGUUGAAACAACUCACUUUAAGCUCCGAGCCACACCUCCUGCAUCCCGUCCUCAGGUAUCUACCUUACCUACCUAAGGUACCUACCUACCUACCACCUUACCCUCGACCUCUCGCCCGCCUGACCUCUGGAGCCCAUUCGACAUCAACCACUCUGCACAGAGCUCCGUUCGCCUCGCCUCUCCUCUCCCGCCCUCUCCCCGUCCCUCCUCGCCUCUCCUUUUCGUCUCGCCUCGAUCCGCACGGUGUUUGGCGUUUGGGGUUAGCAUCAUCAUCAUCAUCAUCAUCAUCAUCCUCAUCCUCACCAUCAUCAUCAUUGCGUAGGAGCAGAGUCAGACACAACAAGACUCUACGGGAGCAAGCAGCAGGAGAAGACCAGAGCGGACUAGCAUCAGCAGCAUGGCCACUCCUACACAGCAGCAGCAGCCGUACGGUGGUAAUCCGUACUCAUCGCCUGCAACAAACACUGGCGGAGGUGGAGCUCCCGCCCAGCAGCAACAGGCCCCAUACCAGCCCGAAAGCAGACCUCCCCAAUCUGCGCCAGCCCCAUACCAACCGCAGCAGCAGCCGCAGCAGCAGCAAGCCGCGCAAACGCCCUUUGAAAAGUACUGUGUCAUCCACAUUGCUACCACGUGUGACGAGCAUGGCGUCUAUGUGACCAAGGACAGCGCCGAGGUUAUUGAGAUUGGAUGGGUCGUCGUGGACGCCCAAAAUCCCGAGCGAGAGUUGCACCGCCAGUCCGUGCUCGUCCGUCCUGUCAACACUCCUAUCACGCCUCUGUGCACCUCCCUCACCACUCUCACCUGGGAACAUGUAAAGAACGCCGGCACGUUCCGCGACGCCAUCACCGCCUUCGACCAAUUCGCCCAAGAGCAUCUCGUUCACAAAGACGCCGGCCCCAGUGCUGCACCGACAUUUGCCUUUGUCACUCUCACCCCGUGGGACUUGCGUGUUCAGCUCCCUCGUGAGGCUCGCGACAAGAACGUGGUCCUCCCGGCCUACCUACAACAUCCCAUCCUGUUUGGCCUUCGCGGAGAGUAUCAAACCUUUCAAUCGCACCACCCAGAGACGCUCGCAUUCAGUUCGUCGAGUCUCUCGAGCAUCUGUGCUGGUCUGGAGGUCGAAGAAGUGCGAUCCUCCGGUAAAGUGACUGGUGGCCUCCCAUUCCACCUGCAAGCUCUCGCGCCAUCCUCACCACGCCGUGCGCUCGAAGAAGCUCUCACUCUCACGCGCUGCCUCAACUCACUGCUCAAGAAGUCUCGUCCUUCUGCCACGAACCCACAAGGCAGCCCCGAGAUUCUGCAAAGACCACUCGACGCGCGGAGUGACGUUCGCGCAUUCCUGGGAGAAAGAAGCAAAGUGUUGCACCUCAGUGGACUGCCUCACGAUACGACACAAAGUGAGCUGGAAAGUUGGUUCACUCAGUACGGUGGACGACCGAUAGCGUUCUGGACACUGAGGACUCCCGAAGGUGGCAAGCCGAGCGGUAGUGGAUUCGUCGUUUUCGGCAGUCACGAAGAGGCAGCAGAAAGUCUGAGUAUGAACGGGCGCGCGCUCAAUGAUCGCGCCAUUGAGGUUGCCCCCUCGUCGAGUAGAGUGCUCGAUCGUGCAGCUCACUCGCAACCAUCUGGAGGUCCACCGCUCCUCACGCCAUUUCCGCCUUCCAAGAACCGACCACGACCUGGUGAUUGGACGUGCCCCAGCUGUGGCUUCUCCAACUUCCAACGUCGCACGGCAUGCUUCCGCUGUUCCUUCCCCGCCAUGGGUGCGAGUGGUCCCGAUCCGUACAGCCAGCCCUAUGGAAUGCAAGCCGCGCCUUACGGUGGCGCACAAUUUGGUCACCCGGGCAUGAUGGGUGGUGGUCACAUGCAUGGAGGCAGCUUUGGCGGUGGCAUGGGUGGCAUGGGUGGUUCGAGUGGACGCGGCGGCAUUGUACCGUUCCGUGCUGGUGAUUGGAAGUGUGGCAAUGAAGGGUGUGGGUAUCACAACUUUGCCAAGAACGUCUCGUGCUUGCGAUGUGGCGCCUCGCGCAGCAACGCUGCUGUCAUUGCUGAAAGUGGCAUGACCAGCUUCCCGGGACAAUCCUAUGGAGGCCCGCCACAAGUGCCGAUGCAACAGCCGCCUCCUGCAAACUAUGGUGGAGGCAGCCAGCAGUCAUUCGACUCGAGCGCAUACGGCGCGAUGCAAGGCCCACCAGCUGGCUUUGGUAGUCAGUCGUUUGGUCCCCCGUCUUCCUACAACAUGCCCUCUGGUAUGCCUCAACCGAGCCCCUACAUGGCGGGCGGUUAUGGCCAGAUGGCAAGCAAUGGCGGUAUUCCGGCUCAGGCAGGUUUCGACAGCCGCACCGAGCAGGCUUUCAAUCAAGGCAAUGCCGGUGCUCAGGCAGGAGCUGGCGCCUACGCCAAUGGUGCAUACGGACCACCUGGUGGCUACGGCAACGAUGGAACAGCAGAUCCCUUCUCUUUCUUGUCUGCUGGCAUGGGGCAACUGGGCAUCAACGAGGGCGAUAGUCGCCGCAACGGUGCCGGUGCGAGCAAAUCACCGCAGUAAUCAUGUUUACGCACACGAGAAUUACCUAACGGCCUGAGGGAGAAGAGGAGGGAACCAGCGGAUGCAAGGGGUGCGUGUGAAUGGAGGGGGCAAAAGUUUCCAGAUUGUACCAAAAGGAAAAAAAAAAGAAUUCAGAUCGACAACAUAUGGGGUUCGGCUUGUUAGCGUCGGCGCUGGAGAGGUUGAUGGCUGAUGUGGUGGUAUUAGCGAGGCGUCCGUGGCUCCAUCAUAAGGGACUGACUGAAACUGACACAACUAUCGGCAACGGCAAAGGAUCAUCGUCAUCGACAUCAAUGAAGUGUGAGAAUACGGCUGCAUGGUGUUGAGAGAGUUUUUACUUUUUUUUUUGUUUUUCUUUUUUUUUGUUUUCCCUUUUUUCUCUUCUUUCCAUCUAUUACCGAUGGAAGCGAAGGCGGAUGAAGUGUGUGUGUGUGAGAGAGAGAAUGGGAAAGGAAGAAACAUAUGGUAUUUUUGAUUCGGACGGCCUGUCUGUGAGCUUGCCUGGCUGCCUGACUGGGAGGCCUGGAUGGUUUGGACUGGACUGGACUGGACUGGACUGGACUGGACUAAGCUGGGCUGGGCUGGGCUGGGCUGAGUUGGGAUGGGGAUGGGAAUGGAAUGGACUCGAGCUGUGAUAUAGAGAGAACGAGAGAGAGAAAGAGAGAGAGAGAGAGAG